GAACAGCUCCGCAUUAAGUCAAACCCGAUUAUUCUCUAUCUUUUAGCGACAUGCCGUGGUCAUAAUUGUACUCUGCAGCUAUUGCGUGCUCGUGUAGGACUGUCUGCGUUGAACUGGUUAACUCCGCUAUGGACUCGUUGACCCCGACGGCCAUUGGUUUCCGUUGUUAUGAAUGCUCAGCGGGCGUCAGGUGCGCAACGAGAUCAUUUGGACGAUUUGAUUUAAACCGAUUAUUUUGCCGUUUAUACACAGCAUUAUUAUAAACGCGUUAGAAAGCUUUGGAUUGUGGAUUUGGCAAGAUCACGUUGCUGUCGCUUUAAAAGCUCCAGACAGAACGUCUCAUAUGAUUUUGGACCUCCAAUCAACUCUCCCGAACCCUUCUGCACGCGGACAUGGCGAACGGGACAGAUGUGUAUACAGAAGAGAUCUAAAUCACAUCUGUUUUCAUGAAAAGCAAUAAUUGAAAUGCUGAGGAGGGUAACCGAUGCUGCUUGGAGGCAAGAGACCACUGAAUCACCAUGCUCAUAGUGGAGCAAACUGCCGAUCACCCAUCUGCAGAGUUCUCCCUGGUCGAGGAUGUGGCCCUUCACUGCACCUUUUUGAUGGACAGCCUGAACAAGCAGCGUCUGUUCCAGCCAGAUCUGUGCGAUGUGGACAUUGUGCUCCUUCAUCACCAGACUUCAUUUCGUGCCCAUAAGGGUGUACUAGCAGCCUACAGUCCCUUCUUCCACUCCCUCUUUUCAUCUAGUAAGGAACUGCAGCGAGUGGAGCUCUCUCUGGAGGCGCUCAGACCCCAAGGCCUGCAGCAAAUUCUUAACUUCAUCUACACCUCUAAGCUGCUGGUCACCAGCUGCAAUGGCCAAGAUGUCCUCAAAGCUGCCAGUGUGCUCCAGAUGAGCAACAUUGCCAAUUCCUGUAGUGAGCUUAUUACCAGGGGCUCACUGGAAAUCAGUUCCAGCAUGGGCACAAACAGACAGGACGCCUGCACCAGCAAGAGCAACUCGGUAAACUCAGUUCACAUGGAAAUUAAGCAUGAGAAAGACCCGACCUGUGCCAAAAUCUAUGUAGGGAAACGUGAAGGUGGCCCAUAUGCUGUUAAGGUAGGAGAUGAACGUUCAGAAAACAUGCAAGUAAUUUCAUUUAAACUAGAAGGUGACACCGGAAGCUCGAAAGACCCUGAGGAUCUUGCUUCAUUUAAUCAAGAGCAAAUUAUCGUCGAGCUCAAUUUGAACAACCAGACCCUUAAUGUGUCCAAAGGUUCAGAGGGAGGUUCUCCUAAAACAUCCCUAUUAGAGCAACAGGUUCAGGAACAAGUAAGGAGCGGUGAUAAUUCAAGAGCCAAUUUUGCCAUGCAGGAGGAGGAGGAGGAUGAAGAGGAGGGAGAGCCAAGUGAAGAAGGAGAUGUGGCACUCGGAGGCACCAGUGAGGAAGAAGGUGGCACAACUCACUGUGAUCCCACAUUAUCUGUAUUCAUGUCUGAAAGAUCCCUAAAGCAAACUCAGGCCUCCACCGAUGCAGUCACGAUGGCCUCCGUGACAGCAAAUUCGGGAGCGAGGCAGGAAAAGAGUCAUAGCGGGAGCGCUGAGGAAUGUGAAGGUCUGGAGCAGAGUUUUCCUUGUGUUAGGUGCCCCAAGAUUUUCCACAACCGCUGGUUUCUGGAAAAACACAUGAACGUGACACAUAGCCACAUGCAGAUCUGCGACAAGUGUGGCAAGCGCUUCCUGCUAGAGAGCGAGCUACUGCUACAUCACCAGACCGACUGUGAAAAGACAAUACAGUGUCUAACUUGUGGAAAAGCCUUCAGGAAGCUCUGGUCCCUCCAUGAGCACAAUAAGAUCGUUCAUGGCUAUGCUGAGAAGAAAUACACUUGUGAGAUUUGUGAGAAGAAAUUCUACACAAUGGCUCAUGUACGCAAACACAUGGUUGCCCACACAAAGGAGAUGCCUUUUACCUGCGAGACAUGUGGAAAGUCUUUUAAAAGGAGCAUGUCACUUAAAGUCCACACUCUCCAACACUCAGGAGAGAAACCAUUUCAGUGUGAGGUCUGCAGUGAAUGUUUUCAAUAUAAGUACCAGCUACGCUCUCACAUGAGUAUCCACAUUGGACACAAGCAGUUUAUGUGUCAGUGGUGUGGGAAGGACUUCAAUAUGAAACAGUAUUUUGAUGAACACAUGAAAACACACACAGGAGAGAAACCAUAUAUAUGUGAGAUCUGUGGAAAGAGCUUCACAAGUCGACCAAAUAUGAAGCGUCAUCGCCGUACACACACCGGAGAGAAGCCUUACCCAUGUGAAAUGUGUGGCCAGCGAUUUCGCUUCUCAAACAUGCUGAAAGCUCAUCGAGAGAAAUGUUCCCAGGUCAGGAACCCUCCGACCUCUGAGGUCAAUCAAUCGGAUUAUAACUCCACUAUAACCAAACCAAUAGAAGCUGCUGCCAAUCAAGAAGUUCGAGUCAGGAUUGAUUCACGGAGAGAUAUUAACCCACAUCUGCACGCCGUAAGCACUUUUUCAUCACAUGUGCUGCACUCAGAGGAUGGGAGCCAAUCACAAUCUCAGCUGCGUCCGUUUUCAUCUGUCUUCUCUGCUGCGAGGACAGACUCUAGGAAUCUGUAACAACUGCUCUGAUAUAACUUUUUUCAUAUGCAGAGGUGCUAAUGUAGCAAAGAGACUAAACUUUAUACCACGUUGUGUAGUCUUAGAUUUUCUAAUAGCCACACUAAAUGAAUAAGCUCUGUGCUAAGAGAAAUAAAAUAAAUAGAAAUAAAGGUACAAACGUUGUCACUGGGACAGUACCCUUUCACAAAGGUACACCCUUGUACUCAAAGAGUGCAUAUUAGUACUUCAAAGAUACAUAUUUGUACCUAAAUGGUACAUAUUAGGACCUUACUGCCCCAGUGACAACUUUUGUACCUUUAUUUUUGAAAGUGUACCUAUAGUAUAUGUAUAGUACAUAUGCUUUAUGUACAGUAUAAUAAACAAAAAUAAAAGAUUAGAGCUUUCAAUGUACACAUUGUGUAGCCUUUACAAUUUAUUGGUCUUAGAUUCUUUAAUUUACAUAUACAAGUAUUGUUUGUAUUCGGGAUCAUAAUAACAACCUGUGGGUCAAUAGAUUUCAUUUCUGGCACCUUUACUGGCUUAAUAGUAAAAAUGUAAAGGGCUUCAGAAACAUUUGUUGUACACAUGACUUUUUUAAUAGUCAUAUAUUUUUUUUCUGUGAGGAUCUUUUUGCAGUACUUUUACAAAUAGUUGCUUGUUUUAAAGGGGCCAUGGCAUGAAAAUCUGACCUUUUCCAUGUUUAAGUGCUAUGAUUGGGUCCCCAGUGCUUCUAUUAACCUAGUAAAUGUGAAAAAGAUCAAUCCAGUAACUUAGUUUUGGUAAACCAUUCUCUACAAGCACAUGAAAAAAUAGGUAGUUGAAAUUUGGCUCCCCUUAUGAUGUCAUAAGGAGCUCUUAUUAUAAUAAUACCGCCCCUUAAUCUGCACUAUCCAACCACAGCACUGCCAUUUAGUGCAGAGAAAAGCACAAUUGAGUUUUAAUUGCAACAAACCACCAUCAUUGUGAUACAAAGUGGCAAUUUUAACAUGCUAUAAUAAAUUAUUUAUAUGGUAUUUUGAGCUAAAACUUCACAUAUGUGAUUUAUUUGACAUCUCAAAAAAGUCUUGUGCCAUGGCCCCUUUAAUAAUGUAUUGUAUAUUUAGCACUUUAAUAAUAUAAGUCAAAUAAUUCUCAGUUUUUUUUAAAUACGAUACAAUGUGUUUCAGCAGCUGGUGUAGCUGGUAAUUUAGGAGUCAAUGACUCAGUAGUUUUGUUACAAAAUCUUCGUAAAGGUUUCUUGUUGUGGUCUUGUCCAAAAUCAUUGACCAAUCAUGUCACUGUAGGUCAACUAAACAACGGCACUUAUGUGGGUGUGUGAAUUAUUAGAGAUUUAUGUAAUCUCAUAAAUAAAAAUAAUAAUAAAAACAAGUUACUUGCCACAACUCAAAUUCAAACUCUCAUGUUGUAUCUUCUGUAAGUUAAAGUCUAUUUAACUGGUCAGAACAUUGAGGGGCAGUUUUCCAGACAGGGAUUAGACUAGUCGUAGACUAAAAUAAAUUUAAGAGCUGUCCAAACUGAAAACAACUUGCACUGACAUAUCUUAACAUAUAUCAGUGCCCUUUGUUUUUCCUCAAAAUGCACACAAUUAAUGUUUUUAAUAAGACAUGUUUGUUAAAACUAGUUAUAUUUCCUAAUUAAACUAAGAAAAAUUCCUGGAUUAAAGGUGCAGUGUGUAAUUUUUAGAAGGAUCUCUUGACAGAAAUGCAAAAUAAUAUACAAAACUAAAUUAUCAGGGGUGUACCUUCCAUAAUGAACCGUUAUGUGUUUAUUGCCUUAGAAUGAGACAUUUUAUCUACAUACACAGAGGGUCCCCUUACAUGGAAGCCGCCAUUUUGUGCAGCCAUGUUUCUACAGAAGCCCUUAACAGACAAUCUUUUUUACUAAGUUGUCUCCAACGAUGACAUGUUUGUCUGGUGGCGGCUGCCGUAGCUUCUCGAAUGUGUUUCAAAAGCAAGAGGUGAGCAGUGGACUGAGCCGUAUGUUGCAAUUUGCAACCUCACCACUAGAUGCCGCUAAAAUGUACACACUGCACCUUUAAGCUAAUCCCUGUCUGGGAAACCACCCUAUAGUCUCUGAUGUUUUCAAACUUAUAAAAUGUGUACACAGCAAUAUCAUUUUUAUUACCGCAGAGUUAUAUACUGUAUGCACAGUGUUUCAACUCACUUCAGCAAGCAUUAGUAUUAGUAUAGCAUUAGUGUUUGUCUUUGCUGUGCUCAACUUUACUGCUUGUUCUUAAUUAUCAUAAUAUCAUUUAUCGUAAUAAAACAUUUGUCUCUAAUGCCCUAUCAUUAUAAAUUUCAUAAUAAAACAGCAAUAGCAUCACAAAACAGCACCUUAUUCAUAUAGAUUCAUCUUAUUUAAUAACUAGUAUUAGCAAAUGAGCUGUUCAUGAAAAAUAAAAAAGUAUUGAAAAGACUGAUAGGACUUCAUAUACUUUAUAGUUUCAGUGUAUGCCUAUAUUCAAUAAUUACUCAUUCCUUUACCCGUAUUUUCAUUAUUGCCAUGUGGCUUUGGAAAUGACAGUGUGUUAUGUUGUUUGGGUUUUCAUUUUAGUUUGGUCAUUGUUUUUUGUUCCAUUCUCUUUCAUUUAUUUCUCUCAUUUUGGAUUGUUAAAACAUUGUACUUGGUCAUAAUAGUUAAAUACUGUUACAUUGUAGUUGCCAUCUGAAAUAUAAUAUAUCAUAGAAAGAUAGCAAUUAAUGUACACUGAUAUAUAUAAAUCAACUCAAAUAAUCCUUCAGCUAUGACAUAAAGUAUUCC